AUGGGUGUGAUGCUAUCGGUUCUAGUGGCCGGAGUGGGUGCAAUGGAUCUUAUUUACUGCCUCGCGUACGUCUCCAAUCAAGUUUCCGGCGAGGAUCCGUCCAACGCGAUCGAGGAUGCUCCCGACGGUAAACAGCACGGCGGCACGGAACAAGGGCUUGAGCAGUAUCAGGAAAAUAUACGUCAGAAAUUGAAUGCAGCACCACGGAGUACCAUUGAUGGUGUAACGGUUGCACAGGAUGGUGUUCCUUACAAGGAUGGCUACCGACUGGAACCGGUCGAAGGUGCCGCCCAGCUAGAUGUGCUGAUAGAGAAAUUGCGCGUUCUCGAACGACAAAGCCAGGAAAAGGAACAUCAACUGGAGCAGAUGAGCGUGCAGAUGAGUGAGCUAGAGCGGAAUACAGCUGAGCAGAGCCUCAUUAUUGAGGAGCUUCGUUCGCGAUCGGUUAGCAGAGCUCACAGUGUUGAACCGUCGGGUGCAUAUCGAACGAACCUGUCGCCAGCAGAUGCAGUGCCUCAAAUCGUGCUGAACGAACCGAACGACAGUGGUGGUGGUGCUGAUGAACCACGGCCAAGUUCGAGUAAGUUCCGGCCGAUACGACGGGACGAUGGGUUGCGCAGGUCAGUGAAACGGCGAUCUGUGACGUCGACCACAUCGUUGGAAGAUCGUGCGGAGGAACUGGAGCGAUUGAGCCAGUUGGAGGAUGAAGAGUGCGCACGGAUGGACGAUUACAUCCCGAUCGUGUAUAGCCGCGACGAAGUUGAUCCGAUGAACCGACGACAUAACAUCAGCCCAAUUCCAGAGAGCUGCCACCAUCACGAGGACGACGAACGGCAAUGGGUGCCGGAACGAUCACCUGAACCGACACUUGCCGCCAACAUUACACGACCGUGGGGCGAUAUCAAGCUGGAGGAGAUGAAGGAGAACGCUGUGUUGCGUCCCGCGCGUUCAAUGUCGAUCGAGGAGGAAGAUAUUGAACCGCCCGCGGUUCAGCUGCACGUGAGCGAAUCAGCACCGUCGAAUCUAAGCUCCCACUCAAACUCACCGGACCGGGAGCGGGCAGACGGGCCGACACUGCGACGCACAACGAAGGAAGCCGACCUCAGGAUCUUGCUGCAUCAGGGAGCAUCGGAGAGCAAGGCAAGUAGUAGCCGUCCCUGGACGACCGAAAUCAUUGUGCAAGACGAUGAAGCAGUGGAGGAGGACUCUGACUCUGACAAUGGUAACUCCCCUGGGGGUACCCGGACCAUACCACAGUUCAUGCAAUCCAAAUCCCCUUCACCGUAUGCAGACGGCCAAAGUUACGUUGCCCACGAACGGCUGCCGCUCUCGGACAUCUCGAACCGGCUUGUACCGCUCGUUCCUUUUGAUUCCGCAUCCUAUCCUUCCCGUCCCCGGUCGCCGACACCUUACGACGAGCCCGGUUCUUCCCGCGAAUCAACCCCAACAUCCCUACCUUUAUCCCUGGAUAAGAUCACGAAUGGUUUCGCUUCACGCGACAGUUCCAUUUCUCCGCACCCGGAGCAGCAAGAGCAGCUGCAGGUUCUAGGAUCAACAUCAACAUCCCUAUCAUCAUCACCAUCAUCAUCGCCAGCACGUUCGUUCGCUGGAGAUCUCCGGCCCGGCAGCGUAUCCGUGUCGGUUCGUGAAGUGACUCCGGUGAACGAGCAAGCCGGUCGGAUGCUUUCACCGCUGGCCGCUCUCGAAGUGGAUGCCGGCACAGAAGGUGACACGGAGGGCGAGAACGACCAGUUGCUAGCAGUGCCAAGACCACGAGGUGCGUCGUCGGCACGUUCAAAAUCUUCGGGUUCCUCGGCGUCGCCGUCGUCCAGACGCAAGCACAAGGAACGUAAGCGCGUCGCCCGGAGUCUUACACCGAUUGAUUACGAUCAGACGUUUAUGGAUAGUUUCACUGAGCAACGACUCUCCGUGUCACCGUCCGAGCUGGAAGACUACAUCAAUAGCAUGGACGAGAUCAAUUUCGUACCUCCUCCUCUGGUGAAACCAGCCUACAUAUAUCCUUCAGAACUUCCCAGCUUGGUACUGACGGACGAGCUGGGAACCGACGCUCGCUUUCAUGAUGAAAUGUCGUCGAAAUCUUUCUACGGACAGAGUCAACCGCACGAAGGAGUCACACUCAACCACAGGGUGAGCUACGUCGAAUGGAUUAAAAAGUUUCCUGACAAUCAAACGAGUCACUUGGCACUGGAGGACUUUGACAGCGACGACGAGGAGGUGGAAAAUAUUAUCCGACAAGCGGAGGGCGAGAGAUCGCCGUUGUUUCCCACUGAUGUGCCGAAAUCUACUGGCAAUUCACCGCAACCCUCGAAGCCGGAACUUCCCAAUACACCCGAAAAUGGGGAUAUGAAAAGAAUGAAUGCUUCCAACAAGCAGCACAGCGAGUUUCCGGUCAAUCUGACCCCGGCGUACGCUACUCCGUCACCAGUGUCGCUAGUAUCGGACCUAUCGGAUCUUUCCUCCCAAUCCUCGCAAGUUACCCAACCUUCACAAACGUUUUCUUCUUCACUUGCACUUGGAUCACCAUUAUUGAACAAUUCCCACAACACCCCGUCCGAGCACCAUUUCACCCCGAUUCCCUCAAUAAGCGAACAAUCGAACGAGAGUAACGCACAGCUUUCAUCAUUAGAAUCACCACAACCGUCACCACACACUAGCACACCACUGCGACCGAGCCUCGUCGUCCCAGUUGUUACGUCCCGGACACCGUCGGUGUCACCUCUGCCAUUAGACAUAUCGCCAGAGGAGCUUGUGUUUGAAAUCGGUCAUCUUGAUGGAUUAAUCUUUGAAGCGAAAAGUCGCGAACCAACGCCUUUGCGGACACCGAGCCGUAACGCACAACAGCCACUGCUCAGUCCGGAUGAGUUAGCCUUCGAUAUAGGCAAUAUGGGUGGCUUAAUCCUGGGCCCCCCGAGUCGCAGUGUUUCACCGAUGCCUUCCACACCUCAUCCUUCGCUAGACUCUUCUGCCUCAUUAUCGCCUACCUCAUGGGAAGCGAUUGGGCAGCAAAACUCUACAGCGCAUCCAGCAGUACACAACGAAAUACGAAAUAACGAAUAACGAUAUAGAAUACACCACGAUCAACAUUCUCGUCUACACCAACGUCUCACAGACAGGACUGGAAACAUUUACCAGCUUCUUAUCGAAGAGCAGAUACUGAAGCACUGCACAAAUAUGCGUCCAACAAAUGUUGCUUUCCGUAAUUGCUACCAGAUCCUCUGACAACAUGUUUUUGCAGCUGGUUGUGUGUG